CGCUGCCCUGGGGCGGGUCGCCCGCUCCCUGUGGCUCGGGCCGCUGUCGCUCAGCCGGGAUCCGGGCGGCAGCCACAGCUGCAGCAGGAGCUCUCCUUCUGCAGCGGAUGCGUGAGGGGAAGGCUGCCCCAGAGAGCCGGAGAGACAAAGCCCGGCGUGGGCGGCUCGGGACUGCCGGUGCCGCGGACUCCCCUACCCCAGAGUUCUCAGAAGGAUGCACCAUUCCAUCCAGUAUGAAGAUCACCAAAGUAUGAAAGCCCAUUCAAUACCUCAACAUCACAUGAAAGUAUUUCUAGACUCGUUAAGUAGUCAAGGGCCAGAAGAAGUACAGCAAUUUGUGCAUUCUCCAAUCUCGGUAUACCAACAAGGAAAUCAUUAUAUAUACAUGGGCAGCACCGAUGUAUCAGGGCCUUUGUUAGAGUUGGUGCAUCCAGUUACAUCUCCUCUCCAACAUCCAGCACUAAGCUACUGUGGACCACUGGAGCAUCAGCAUAUUCAAGUGUACCAUACACAGCCUCAACAAGGCCAUCAAAUAGAAAUGCAGCAAAAUAAUUUGAUCAAACAAGUACAACUGCAGAUAGAGGCUCAGCCCUCCCCUGAAGGGCAAUUUAAUACACCAACUUCUGAACAGGAAAGAAGACUGUCAUGUAUUUCUCAACCUAUGAAGAAAAGGAAAAUUGACAUGCCAGUAGAAGACAACUACAGUAAUAGUCAAAGUUCUCUGCAGAAUAUACCAAUUACUGUACUAACAAUGCCUAGCCAUAUCCAACAGCAGGCUUACAAUUCUCUUCAACAAGAACUGCUAACAGUAGAUAGCAAUCAACUGUAUGGACUUGCACCUGCUACAGGAACAAAUGGCCAUCUGCCUGAUGUAGAAUCAUGGGCAGUUUGUCCUCAUGCAAUUUGCCCUGAAACUCAGAAUAUGAUGAAUACCCCUGUUUAUCGGGAUGCCUGUGGUAUUAUUCAGAUUGGUGAAAUGGCUAUGAAUAUGACUAGCAUUAAGUUAGAAGAAAGCAAGGAUAAUUUUCAAGCUGUUUCGGAAGCUAGAAAGAGUAUUCAGGAGAGUCCUAUUCCUAGCACACCCUGUUUCCCAGUGCAAUGUGUAAAUAAGAAUGGAAAUACACACCUUCCUCUUGCUGUACAGAGUGGAAAGAGGAUGUAUCAAUCAGCUGAAUACUGGGAUGAGCAACAGGUGCAGGGUUCUCAAUCACUGCCACACUUGCAGAUACAGACUGAUUUACAUCUUCCUUUCAAACUCAAACCAGAAGAAGGAGCUAAUUUCUGGAAGAGCUGGGCACAAAUAAAAAAUGAGGAUGUAUGGAAAGAUGCUGGAAAGAACCCUCAGGGAUUUGGAAGAAGAAAACCAAUGACUUUUAGGGAAGAUGUCCUUUCAGUGCCAAUAGCAGAACUGAAUUAUGGGCUGUGCCUAAUGAUUAAAGAAGCUAGAAAGCAAGAUGGUUCCUCUUAUGAAGCAGACAUGUUGUAUUAUUUAUUUCUUUGUAUUCAAAAGUAUAUGUUUGACAAUGACAGAAUUGACAACAUUUUUGCUGAUCUUUAUUAUGUGAAGUUUUUGGAAAGGCUUCAUGGCGUGAUGAAGGGAUGGUGUCCAAGAGUGAGCCCCUCUGGGUAUGUUCUGUCUAGUUGUAUCAUGGAGGAAAUGUUAUGGGACUGCAAACAACUUGGAGCACAUUCUCCUGCUACUCUCCUGUUCACACUGAUGUAUUUCAACACUAAGUAUUUCAUAUUGAAAACUGUGGAGCAGCAUGCACAGCUAGCCUUUUCCAAAAUUCUGAAGCAGACCAGGAAAAAUACAGGCAUCGGAAAGGACAAAUGUUCUAUAAUACGAUUCCUGAGGCUUUAUGGACAGAUUCUGGGAGGACGAAAAGAUGAGACUUACGUGGAACAACCUGAAAACCCGGACAACCCUUUGCAGUGCCCCAUAAAACUGUAUGACUUCUAUUGCUUUAAAUGUAACAUCUAUUGGGUACUGUCCAGUGCUGCCAGCAUCAGCUAUUGAAUGGGAUACAGUUUUCACUGUAAUGAAGAAUGUCAACAAGAUGUCUAGGACACUUGGCCAAGAUGAUGGUGUUUUGACAUUUGAUGAGGCUAUAUAUUGUAAGGCUAAAGUGAUUCAGUGGAGGUGCCCAGAAGAAUUUCAGAAAAAACAAUCUUGAGAAUGGGUGGUUUCUACAUAGCACAGACAUUUCUGGCUAUAACUGGAAAGAAGUACGAAGAGUGCUCUGGAAGACAUCCUCAUAGAAUUUCAGUUGCAUGGUAGCAACACAGCAAGCAGUCUACUUAAAGGCAGUUAUACAACCGUGGAAUGAAGGCCCACAAGCUUACAAUGGAAGCUCUGUCCAGAUUGCGGUGGUAGGCAUUUUGUAAAUGGAUACAAGACAAUGAGAUUGACUGUGAUGUAGACCUUACCAACAGCAAGCUCCAAGAAUGUUAAAUUCCGGUAUCGAAAAUGGUGCAACAAGUCUCACAGCAGACACUUGCCCAGCUCAGUGAUGCCCUCAAGAAUGUACUGGAUGUAGUACACAGAUUCUGCAAUUUUGGAACAGCAACUUCCCAAACCUUUGCAUUCUGAUACGAUUACAUCAAAAUGGUUAACAUCUCAAUGUGUUUCAUUAGAGCAGAAAGUGAAAACAACUGGCACAUACAUCUUGCAGUGCUUUUAGAGAUACUACUACUUUUCACUUUUGACUGUACCAGCUAUGCCCGCUGGGUAUCUGUGUACAUCAGUGAUACGAAGUUUCUGCCAGAUUAAACCGCCCAAAGUUCAUGAUCAAUCUGUGCAAGGAACUUAUGCAGUGGCUCAGUCUACAAAUAAAUUCAGCAAAGUCUGGAUAGACAUGGCACUUGAACAAACAGUAAACUGUGAUAAUAAAGAAAAAAGGGGAUAUAGUGGGUUUCACUUUGAAACCAGGAUCUUAGAUGGUUCAUCACUGCUCAUGAGUGCUUAGCUAUCACAACUUCCACAAAGAUAACGUAUUAUAUAGUAGACUCAGAUGUGUCACAAGGAAAACACAAGGAGGCUGCACCACUUUGCAUGCAAUGUGAUGAAGGAGAUGUAAAUAAGGGAGUUUGCACCAUCACUGAAUCCAUGACAAACCCAUUUGAUUUGAAUGUGAAUUGAGAACAUUCACCAACAUUGCAAGUGGCAUUGUUUGUACCCGCAAAGAUUGCUACCAAGCUUGUUACUACAAAUGAUAUAGGAAUCAAAGCAAUGAAACAGUACGUGGAAGAGAUUAAAUUCAAAUACCACUGGUUUCUUUGAACCACUGCCUAAGCUCAACAUCAAAACAUUUGCAUCUCUAAGCAAGAAGUUCAACCUGAAAGUUAGUAGUGAUAAGACAGCGACUAUCAAUGCAGACAGUUGUUUAGCUGUCUUGUAGUAACUACACAAACAAGAGAUACAUGAGCAUUCUACAGUUCAAUAUGUUCUAGCACAUUUGGAUGGUACCCUGAACAAAACUGCAAAGAGUAAGCUAUUGCCUGAAUUAGAAAGAGUGAGAGUCCAUAUCAACUGCCAGCAUUCAACAUGCCCACAACUUGGAUAGCAAAUGGCAAGUCUGUUAUUCAAAUGGUCAGGCCAGAAGGUGCAACUAGCUUUGCAGAACUUGCUGACUUGGGUUUCAGAAUAGUACACCACCCUCUACAGAGUUAUGAGAGCUGCAAAAGAACAUAUAUUGUCUUUACUUAUAUCAUGUCAAAGAUUCAAUUGAAAGUUUCUGGGCAUGCACAGAGGCAUCAUCACAAAGCAAUGAAGUAAAAAUCCAUGGUCCCAAUGGAGAAAAUUCAUUGGAAACCCCAAGAAUAAAGCACAUCUGGUAAAAUUUUUCUCAGAAUCAUGAUGUGAUAUGGCAGAAACUGUACUUAGUUUAGAUCAGAAAAUGGUAUUGCUGGUAUAUUAAAGGAUGGCCUCAUUGCUCACAUGGUCACUUCAGAUGGAGUUGUAGACUAUGACAAUCUAUUCUCAUUGGAUGAAUAAGUAGAUAUUUGGCUUCUAUUUCAUGUUGCACAUGCUUCACAAGAAUACCCUUCUGUAGUGGUGUGUUAUUCAGACACUGACAUUGCAGUUCUCUGUGUACAUUUUAUUCACAAGUUGGAAACAACUUCAGAGCUUUGGUUUCAUACUGGUGUGAAAAAAACAACACCACAUAUUUAUACCAGCCCACACCAUAGCAGCUGAACUUGGCCAACAACAAUACAGAAUGUUGCCAGUAGUACGCACGCUGACUGGGUGUGAUUCAACCUGCUGCUUGGCAAGGGUUGGCAAACUAAAGCCAUGGAAGCUUGUCAGAAGAAUCCACCCAAAUUUAAAAGCCUUGCCAAUUUUGGCAUUACGGUGGUUACUCCUGCACAGCUGGCAUCAGCAGAGCUUCCGAUAGCUCUUCUCUAUAACCCAAAAGCUAACUCUGUGGGUGCAAAUAAAAUUGCGAUAUAAGCUUUUCUGUCACAAACAGGCCCAGAAGGCAGCCUUCCCCCCAGUUUACAAUAAUCUUCUGCAACAUACCAAGCACAUAAAUUAGCCUUACUGGGAACCAUACCAAGGAGGCUCAGCCUGACAUCCCUUCCCCAAUUAGAAAUGGCUGGCAUCACAACAAUGAUGGACACAUUUCUCCAACAAUUGACUAAUGACAGACAUCUGUCCCUGAUGCAGUCCAGGAGCUCAUUACGUGUGUGGAGGGGGGAAGCCAAGUGUGAGCACAACUACUGUUACUCAAGACACAGUAUGACAAGCAUACAGACUUGACAGAAUCCUGAUGGUGAGGUUGCUGCCUUGGAUUUGAGGGGUGUGUGUACCCCAGAAUGUGAUCAAACUCAUUGCAACCAUAUUAUGCGCGUUCACACACCAUGAAUUAAUAAAAUAGAACACCACAUAAUAAAGGGUUAAUUUGAAAGCAGGCUUUUAGAGGCAAGGUCAAAACUAGCUGGCAGUUUCUGCUAAUCAUAAUGGGAGGAGGGGAAAGAAAAGUCAACAACUGAGAAAAAGAAAUUAAGUGGAUGGAAAACCCUGAAUUUGGGUGACUGAUACAGAAGUAUUAUUAUGAUUAAGAUGGUUAGGAAUGUGUUGAUAAGUAGUUUACUGAAAGUUAGGAAAAGUAAUGAUUUUAAUAGGGGUCACUAAGAUGUAUAAAGAAAAGGAGUACUUGUGGCACC